CGUCACAAUGACGUCGCCGAGGUUUGUUGACAUGUCUGUUUUUGUUCAGGAGAGAAAAGAGCAAUAACAGAAAAGCGUCUGCGGUCCUAAUGGACCAGUGAUGAAUGAUUGAACGCAGAGGAGAAUGUGAAGCACGAUGGCUGACUUUGAAACCUACCAGGAGUACCAGAGACUAGAGGAUUAUGAGGAGGACUCGCCUCCGGGAGAAGAGGAUCUGCUGAUCCAUGUGCCGGAGGGACUCAGAGAUUCCUGGCAUCACAUCAAGAACCUUGACAAUUUCUUCACUAGAAUUUAUCAUUUCCAUCAGAAGAAUGGAUUCGCCUGUAUGAUGUUAUCCGAGUUCUUUGAACUUGUGCAGUUCCUGUUCGUGGUCACGUUCACCACCUUUCUGUUCAACUGCGUGGAGUAUGACGUGCUGUUCGCCAACCGAGCCGUGAACCACACCGGGCCAGGCGUGAACCCGCUGGACAGGACCAAGGUCACGCUGCCGGACGCCAUCCUGUCACCUGAGCAGUGCACAGAGAGGAUUCAGGGCAACAGCUGGAUCAUCUUUCUCCUAAUAAUGGCGGCCAUCUUUUGGAUCUAUCGGCUUGGGAAGGUGAUCUGCAACGUGCUCAGUUACUGGGAGAUCCGCCAGUUUUAUAUAAAAGCCCUGAAGAUCAGCAUGGACGAGCUGUGCAACUUCAGCUGGCAGGAAGUGCAGGCGCGCCUGAUCAGGCUGCAGCGCGAGCAGCAGAUGUGCAUCCACAAGAAAGAGCUGACCGAGCUGGACAUCUACCACCGCAUCCUGCGCUUCAAGAACUACACGGUAGCCAUGAUCAACAAGUCGCUGCUGCCCGUGCACCUGCGCGUGCCCUUCCUCGGUGACGUGGUCUUCCUCACACAGGGCCUCAAGUACAACUUUGAGCUGAUCCUGUUUUGGGGGCCGGGUUCGCCCUUUCAGAACAAAUGGAGCCUGCACCCGAAGUACAAGCGAGCGAGUGAGCGCCUGGAGCUGGCACGUCAGCUGAGCCGCACCAUCCUGCUGGCGGGCAUGGCCAACCUGCUGCUGUGUCCGCUCGUGCUGGUGUGGCAGGCGCUGUACGCCUUCUUCAGCUACGCCGAGGCCAUCAAGCGUGAGCCGGGCAGCCUUGGUACACGCUGCUGGUCGCUCUACGGACGUCUCUACCUACGCCACUUCAACGAGCUGGACCAUGAGCUGCGUGAGCGUCUCGGCCGCGCCUAUCGUCCCGCCGCCAAAUACAUGAACUCCUUCAACUCGCCCCUGCUCGCUGUGCUGGCCCGGAGUGCAGCCUUCUUUGCUGGCUCGCUGCUAGCCGUGCUUGUCGCACUAACCGUCUAUGAUGAAGACGUCCUUGCAGUACAGCAUGUCCUCACUGCAGGGACCGCUCUUGGUGUCAUUAUCACCAUUGCGAGGUCCUUUAUACCAGACGAGCAUAUGGUGUGGUGCCCAGAGCAGCUGCUACAGUGUGUGUUAGCACACAUCCACUACAUGCCCGAUCACUGGAAGGGCAACGCUAACAAGAGCGAGACGCGCGACGAGAUGGCGCAGCUUUUCCAAUACAAAGCGGUCUUUAUCCUGGAGGAGUUGCUCAGUCCAAUCAUCACACCCUUCAUCCUCAUCUUCAUCCUCCGGAACAAGUCUCUGGAGAUCAUCGACUUCCUGCGCAACUUUACCGUGGAGGUGGUGGGCGUCGGCGACAUAUGUUCCUUCGCACAGAUGGACAUCCGCCGACAUGGCAACCCACAGUGGAUGUCAGAGGGCCAGACGGAGGCGUCCGUGUACCAGCAGGCAGAAAACGGCAAGACGGAGUUGUCGCUUGUUCACUUCACCCUGAAAAACCCUCGCUGGCAGCCGCCUCAGGACAGCUCGCUGUUCAUCAGCCAUAUGCGCGAGAAGGUGCAGCAGGAUGCGCAGGCUGGCCCGAACCCUCAGCUCCUGCUCUCCGAGGCUCCGCUCUGCACCUCGCUGCUCUCCAAUGACUCCGCCACUGCGCCUGAUACCCUCUUGGCGAGUGUUCUGGCUCAUCCGGUCCUGACGGCGUCUGGGUUGCCGGGCUGGAACCGUCGAUUUGUUCCUCAGAGCAGUACGGCCUCAGCCGCCGCGAGCGUACUAGCCUCGCUCUCAUCCUCCCAGCAGCCUCAAGCCGGGCGCUUGCGCUCUCACAUCCUCCAGCCGUCCGUUCAUCAACAUCACGAAAGUCCCAUGUACCACAGCAGUGCCGCUGACAGCAUGUGUGCCAGCGAGUCGAAGAUGUACGGCCAGUCAGGUUCAGCCCUCCUCUCAGAGUUCGCCACAGCCGAGAUGAGCCUUCAUGCCAUCUACAUGCAUGAGGUGCAUCAGCAGAAGUUCCCGUGUCAGCGUGGACCUGGUCAGUUACAUCCUCACGUGUCUUUAAGGGACUUUGGUACCAGCGCUGUGCCUGCGCCUCAGAUGCACCCGGCUGGCCUGACGGCGCUCUCCCCUCUCCGGCUGGGAGGCUGGGUGGAGGAAGAGGAGGAGGAAGAGGAGAUCAACAGCAGCUCUGAUCCACAUCACACGAGUCACACGAGCGGGGCGAGCAGCUGAAGUGCCUUAAAGAUCUGGGACUUUGCAUUCAUUUUCUGGAAGAAUGUCGUGGCCUUAGUUUGAUUUGAAGCUUCUUGAUCAAAUGAAUUGGAUCACGGAGUCUUCGCUUCACUGGUCUUCCGGCCUCGAGGAGCUGUGGUAUUCUGGACCUACACAGUGUACCAACCACUUUCUCCUCUCGCUUAGAUGUUUCAUUAUUAUUAUUUUUUUAAAGUUGUUGUUGUUGUGUGGGUGAGUGUUCAUUCUCAGAUUAAGGAUGUAGCUUGUGUGCUAAGCAGUAGGUUGGUUUCAAAAACAUGAGCUUGGUGACAAAUGUGAACUCGCUCAUGAGUGGGAGAAAAGGUAUAUUAGUGAUUUAUUUUUUUUCUGAAGAUCAUGAGGUUUCGUUGUGUGUAUUAUUUUGCAUGUGGUGCCCCAUCAAUGGAGAUGUACAAAAGUUUUGUAAAUAUUUCAGGUUUUUCCAGGUCUGAAAAAAAGAACAACAACAACAAAAAAAAAUCUGCCUCUGCCGACAACGUUUGCAUUUUGAAUUGUAACACUUCAGUCUUGGAAACAUUUGAGAAUCUUUAGGAAGCACUGAACUAUUCUGAAUACUUUUUACAGAGGUGCUGAAAUGUACACACAGUUUAUGUUCGCUGAUUUUUCAUUGUCGGAGUGACACUAAAGCAUUUUUUGGACUUCUAUAUUCGUCAUCAAAGGGGCAAAUCAUUUACGUGAGGAAUAAUAAACUUGGGGGUGUGCUGUUAUAGGAAAAUAAUCAAAGACGGGGUGGUGUGAUGAAGCAGAGUUUUAUUAAUUUUCCAAUCACAGCACAUCCUGAAGUGUUUUUUCCUCUUCUGCCACAGCAAGUACAUUUAUCAGAAAAUGAAGUGGUACUUUUUGUCCGUUUAUAGUUGCGUUUAAAAGUUAGUUCCUGUUGUCACUUACUUUAUAACAGCUAUAAAGAGAGAACAUUUGUUCUCUCACCCACCUCUCUCAAAGGUCAGAAAAAAAAAUGCAGCCUGUCUUUAUCAAGAAGCCGUAAAGAGCAAUGUGCUGAAGUGCUGAAACUGGAGACUCCAUCAAAAAUUACACAUAAAAAAAAAAAAAAAUUCGAUUAUGUGGAGAAUCUGCCAUGCAUGUCUC